GGAUUUUCUCCGCUUGCACUCGAAUGCGUCUCAGCAAACUGCAGCGUGCAGGGCGAGCUGCGCGGUAUUUGGCGUUGAUUAAUAGUUAUCCCUUCAAAAUAAUGAAAAUGUGGAAGAGCGAGCAGGGCUUGUUGGCAGACUGGUAGCCGGUGAAUGGAGGUCACAGCAGACACCGAGUGAGACACAGAGGAGGAGAGGGAGGACGGACAGCGGCUAUCCGCCUUCAAAAAUGGCGUCUCCGGAGGAAAAUGAGUAAAAAAUAUUUAAACGCGGCCUAUUUCUUUACACUUCCUCGUUCGGCUUUUAUGUAUAUUUUUCGUGUUCUUGCGUCACCCUUUGAGGUGUGAACGACCCAGUUUCUGCUUUUACUCGGGUGGCCUUCGGAGAAAAGAGGGGAGCGAGUAUUUUGGGGGGAAUAAAAGCAGCCCCGUUUUAUUUUGAUGCGUCGUUGCUGACAGCUAGCAUCUGCUGCUAGCCCCACACAGCUCCGCUCCGGAGGGGGGUGGGAACCAUUUGCAUGCGAAGAGAGAGCAAGAGGGGAGAAAAAGAGAUUUUCAAAUUGGGGAUUUUCUUUUUGCUCGUCCAUGGGGAAUGGUUGCUACCAACGUGGCCCCGUCGAUUGCUAUCUUUUCUAGAGCUAGCAUCAGCGUAGCCAAAACUAGCCUGAAGAAAGGGGAGGAGAGACGGUGGAAAAAGGACGCGUUCAAGUCAAAUGUUUAAAAGCAAUUCGCCCAUUAGAGAGCAAAUCCGCGGCAUCUUCAUCAUGACCGUGACUGGUUUCAGACCGAGGAAAUGAUAAAGGCACAGGAAAAGGUGAAAGACUGGCUUUUUUUGGAGGUGGUUGGAUUGUAACCCCGUAGACCCCCCUCUUUUUUCAUCCAGCUUUCUCCUCCUCCCCACCAUUUCUCUUUCAAUAUGCUGUUUUCCACUCCUGAGGACUUGCUUAUGAAACCGGGGAAAAUAGCUUGAAAGCGAGAACGUGGAAAGACUGGAUAUUUUUUCGUGCCCUGCUACGUUCUCGUCGCUUUCACUGUAACCGCUCCUAAAUGGAUAGAAAUUACCCGGGAACAGGAUUUGGUGAUUUGGGCGCAGGAGCAGGAUGGAGUUACGACAGAACGGCAAAAAGUCUGGUUUAUGGGAGUUCCAGAUCAUCCCACCCUGACUCCGAGCUCCUUCACAGACAAGCCUACUCCACCCCACACCCUCUGCAGGGCUAUGCCACCAAUCACCACCCAGGGAGCUCUGGCCAAGGCGGGGCUUGGGGAGCAGCUGGACGGAGUUUGGGUCUUUCUGGGCUGUUUGACACUGGCCUGCACCACGCCAGCCCCUCCGCUCCCGACGCCUCGGUCAUGAACCUGAUCUCAGCUCUGGAGUCCCGAGGUCCCCAGCCUCCGCCCUCCGCCUCCUCGCUCCUCUCUCAGUUCCGCACACCAUCCUGGCAGACAGCGAUGCACACGCCUGCUCCUCCUGAACUGUUCAUCUCUGGAGCCCUCCCUGGCUCUGGAUCCUUCCCUUCCUCUUCAGCUCUUUCAGCCUAUCAACAUCCAGCAUCCUUCUCCAGUCGCUCUUUCCCCACAGCUUCCCUUUCCCUCCAGGAAACGCCCACAUUUAGCCCCACCUCCAAUGGUCUGCUCUCCCCCCACGACCCUCUUAUACACAUCAAAGCGCCGUCCCAGUCCAGCCUGGGUUUUGAUAGACUCCUAUCGUCACAAGGUGCCGCUGCCGCCGCCGCCUACAGGGGCAGCCAGGACCCCACAGGCGCUUCGUCGGCCCAGGCAUCUUCUGCCAGGCACCUGCAGUCGCACCAGUUCAAUCUGCUAUCAUCUCAGCUUCAAGACCAGUCCUCCCAGCUGUACAACCCGUCCGUGUUCUCCUCAGCCCAGCCCCAACCUCAAUCCCAGUCGCAGUCAAACUCGGCUCAGGAAAGAGCCAUGCCCCGACAGGACAGCGUCAUCAAGCACUACCAGCGGCCCACGCCUGCUCAGUCGCAGCUCUCCUCCUCGGCUGCUCACUCUCUCCAGCACUAUCUCAGCUGUGGAGGAGCGGGCUACCAACAGAUCGCCACCCACCACAGGCAUGCUGGCCUUCCCUGCAGCCCGCUGGGUGACCAGAGCCCUUCCUCCGACCACAAGCCUGCCCCUCGCACUGAACAAUAUCGACCCAUCAUUCAGCCUCCCUACACCUCAUCUUCCUCUUCUUCUUCUUCCUCUGCUGGAAAGGGUACAAAAAGUAGUUCAAGUAGUGGUUAUUCUUCAGGAAGUUCUGCGUCGUCAUCAAGGACUCCUCAUACGCCCCCCUCGGCUUCCUCAACCUCCUCCUCCUCAUCCUCUUCUUCUGCAACGUCAGGAGCUCAUCCUUCAAACUCGAUUCCAACGUCUAGCUCCAGCGCUGCUCCAUCUCGACAGCAGCCGCCCCCUCAACCUGCUCCGCCUCCCCCUACUCCUCAGCAGCAGCCUCCCUCCACCUCCACUUCAGCUCCCCAAUCUCUCCCCAAGUCUUGCUUGUCUGGUUACGGCUCCCCAGUGCCCCCUGUAAAGACCCCCACCUCUGCUCUUACUGGUCAGACUCCACCUCAACAACAAACUCAGUCAUAUUCUCCCAAUCAGCCCCCUACAUCCCACCUGGCACAGUCCUAUGGAGGCUUCAACUCACCACAAGCCCAAGACUUGAGCUCUGGUACGGCUGGAAAAGGUUACGGAAGUUUAGGUGGGAGGAGCCAUUCGUAUUCCACUGAUUUGUAUGGAGCUGAUUCUGCUUAUGGAUCACUGCCCUCCUCUUUAGGUGGAGCGGGCAGCCCAUCACUUGGUUACGGAGCUCCAGGUCACUCACCUGCCCUUCUAAGGUCAAGUGGUUCCUCAGGUAGUGGAGCAUCUGGGGGAGGAAGCAGCAGCGGCGCAGGGAGCGGGAACUCCGGAUCUGGAGGAGCAACGGGAAACAGUAUGACCAGCGAGAGAGGUGGAGGAGGCAGCGGGGGAGGUUCCUAUCAUAUUCCCGACUCUAGCCCCUCUCCAUCGGGCAACUCGGGCAUAAUCCGGCCGGGUCUGCACUCCCCAGUGCCCACCUGUCCCACUCAGUCUCCAGGAGGCGCUGGCUCAAAUAAAUACAUUCCCUCUGUUCUCUCUCCUACUUUUCUCGCAUCGCCCCAGGCAUACCCUGAUACCAGAGGCCCUUCCUCCCAACCCCAGUCGUAUCAUUCCAAUACCUCCAAAGCAAAACCGGACGGGUCUAUGAUGGGCGUGGGCUCUCAGAGAUCCCAGGAGGAAGUGGACGACGACGACGAGUUCUUGAUUCAGCAUCUGCUGCAAGCCCAAGCAAGCCCAGCUCCUCAGGCUGCUCAUCACCACGCUCAGCAACAGCCUCAGCAGGCGUCUCAGCAAACGCAACCGCAGCCACAAUCCGUACCCCCGACCAGCGAUUCGGGCAAAGGGAUGAGUUAUGACAUGGGCAAGACCCCUGAGGAGAGGUACCACCCCCAGAGUGUUAUACGCACGCACAGUGCGACGUCUUCUGCCGGGGUGGGGAAUACAGGUUCUGGAGGGUCCAUUUCUGGACUUGACAACCAGCUAGAGAUGUCACUAAAGAAGCAGCAGCAUCAACACCAUCAUCAACCGCAACAAAGGAGCGACCGAUCUGUUGGGGGCAGCAGAAACGGCAAUGGAAGAGGCAGCGCCGAGCAAGUGCACUCGCACCUCCAUCAUCAUGACGGCCUCGGUUCUGUUGUCCACUAUGGCCGGGGCGACCCCUACACCCAACACUCUCUUGCCGCCCAACACUCCUCCCACAGUCAGCACGUGUCCUCGCAUUCUCAGAUGCCGCCUCACCAGAUGGAACUCCAGAAGAAGCCGCAGGAGCGUGCGGAAAUCCCGUAUCCUCGGAAAACGCCGGAGCUACAACAGCAGCACUCGCAGUCCCAAACCGCUGUGUCCCUCAUGGACUCCCCCACAGACCAGUCCCGUCAGCCGCCACACUUGCUGCAGUCGGUGCUAUCCCACACCACCCGCAACAAGCUGGAGCCCCAUCAGCCGCACCACAAGAUGGACUCCCACCGCCAACACCAACAGCACCACAAAAUGGAUCCCCUCCCCCCGCAUCAACAUUCUAAAAUGGACUCCCACCCUCAGCAUCAGCAGCACCAGAAAAUGGACUCCCAUCAGCACCCACAGCACCACAAAAUAGACUCUCACUCUCAGCACCAACAGCACCAUAAAAUGGACUCCCAUAGCCAACAGCAGCACUCCAUCAGCCAGCAGCAAGCGGUGAUGGAAGGAGCCGGCGGGAGACUGGGCUCCAGUAAACACCAGGCUCAGUCCCAGUCUCAAACCACCCAGCUCCAGCUUCAGCUGCAGUCGCAGGCGUUGGAAGUGGCAGCCGCCCACUACAACCAUGGCGCACAUCAGCAUGACCAGAGCCAGGUCAAGCAGAGCUCCGUGGUCUCCUCCCUGGACAUGCUGGAGCGCUCGCUCUCCCAGACCUCCAGUGCUGAUGUUGGCGUAGCAGAAGACAGGUGUGGAGGACCGGGCAGCGCAGGGCGGAGCGGUGGCGGAGCCGGCGGCAGUGAUCGCCACCGGCAGCCUCAGCAGGAGCCUCAGAGACAGCACCCUCCCCACCAUCAGCCGCAGCAGUCCCACCACUCGGCCCCAGAGCUCCACUCCUUCCUGACAGAGCCUGACAUCGGCUUGUCCACACCGUCUCACAUGCACCACCUGUCGCAGCAUCAUGCACAGCAGCAGCAGACUUCUCAACACCACCUCCCUCACCCUCAGCAGCAACCGCCUCACCCUCACCACAUACCCCCGCCCUCUGGUUCAGCCCAUCCCCAGAAUCAGCCCGACCCCCAGCAACCGCUCCCAAGCCAGCUUGCCUCGCAGCAGAGCCAACUGGACCAGCAGCGCUCCGACCAGCAUCAGUUCGAUACGGUCAGCCCGGUGGAGAAAGCAGACCAGAACCAACAGAGCAACCGCUUCGUUCCGUUAACCUCCAUCUGCUUCCCGGACUCCCUCCUUCAGGAUGAGGACCGCUCCUUCUUCCCAGGGAUGGAAGACAUGUUUUGCGCAGAGGACUACAAGUCGAGCUGUGCCGGCGGCGCUGGUCCAGGUCCGGAGGAGAUGAAUGAAAGCCACCCCGGGCAGGAAGGGAUGGACUCGAUGAAAGCCGGACAGAGUGCCGGAGGAGCUGCGGGCGGUAGCGGACCCGGUUAUGACAUGAUGGGUCACCAUGGUGGUGAUCAGGCGUAUGAACCAUACUGUCACGGCCUGGAGGAACCCAGCAGCAACACCAUGACUCUAGAUCUAGACUCUCUCAAAACCCACGAGCUUCCCUCUACGGUCAACACUGAACAGUUGGGUCUGAUACAGUCCCAGCCUCCAGCCAUGGGGAUGGGCUCCAACCCAGCUGGUCCAAACAACGCCGGAGCAAAGCUCUCCUCUGGUCCUGGAGGAACCGGCUCUGGAGCCGGUUCCGGAGGCCUCCAGUCGCCCAUCUUCUGCUCAUCUCGUCCCAAGAAACUCCUCAAAUCCAGUUCGUUCCAUCUGCUAAAGGAGCGCAGGGACCCCAACACACUACCUAAGAAAAGCUACGCCCAAGAAUAUGAAUUUGAGGAUGACGAAGAUAAAGCUGACCAGCCUGCCGACAUCCGGCUGAACAGCCGCAGGCUACCUGACCUUUUACCAGAUUUAGUCUCCAGUUGCCGAAAGGGAGGAGGCGGCGGAUCACUGAGCCCCUUAAUGGGCGACAUCGAUUUUUACCACGCCUCUGGCUACUCCUCUAUGGGUUCACACUCUAUCCUUCCUCCAGACGGACCCAAGAAGAGAGGCCGAAAGCCCACCAGGCCAAAAAGAGAGGGCCCCCCAAGGCCCAGAGGCAGGCCGCGUAUCCGCCCCAUGCCGGAGCCCUACACCCCACGGGGCAUGAUGGGAGAGAUGGGUGGAUCAGGCGUUGGAGGGGGGUUCAACGUGGAGGGACGGGGUAGAGGUAGAGGGCGUGGAAGCCGAGGAAGAGGAGGAAGGAGGGAGGAUAUGUACAUGGAGAUGAGCGGGAAGGAGCAGGAUCAGAUGCAUUCUCACCACCUGCAGCAGCAGCAGCUCCAUCACCAGCCCCAGCAGCAGCAGCAUGAGCCCAUCCCUCCUCUCAAGAUCAAGUUGCCAGUUGGUACUCUGUCCUCCUCUGACGCCUUGCUGAGAACAGACUCUUUGUCUGGCACCGACCCGGCUUUGUCAGACGGCUCGGUUGGCUCGGCUCCGUCGCUCGGUUUAAGUCCUGGACCUCCCUGCAGCACUGAGAGCACCAGGAGCCAGGACAAGAGCAAACAGAAGAGCCAGAUGAUAAGUGAAGGAGUGGAUGAAGAGGGACUGGAUGAAAGGGGAGAUGAGAAGGACUGCGAGUCCAAAGCUGGCUUUGUGGCUUCGUUCUUGGACUUCCUGAAGACGGGGAAGCGGCCUCCGGGUUUGGACAUCUCACCAGGAAUGGACCACGACAACAGCGAGACGUCGCCCUGUAAAUCCGGGGGUCUGCGCCCACUUUCUCCGGCGCCGCCUCCUCCGCCGCCACCGCCUCCUUUUGGGGACGGCGAGGGGAAUGGCGGGCUUGCUCUCGGCAACUGCUCCAGCCCCAAGCGCUUAGAGGACGAGCUGAAGAGAAACCUGGAGACGCUGCCGUCUUUCUCUUCCGACGAGGAGGAUUCGGUCGGGAAGAACCAGGACCUCCAGAAGAGCAUCUCCUCGGCCAUUUCAGCUCUGUACGACACUCCUCAGCUGACAUCCAACAUCCAGGCUCCUCUACCUCCUCCUCCGCCCCAGCCCCAGGCUCAGACUAUCGAGGCUCCUCUCUCCCCCACCAUGGAGCCUCCCGCGCUGAGCCCACAGCCCACCGUGCAAACCACACACUCCCAGCCCGAGUCUGACGAACCGGACAUCCUUCCUCCAGAAGAUGGGGACAUGGAGGAGGACAAAGAGGACGAGAUGGAAGAGGAACGGAGUACAGGAGAAGAAGAAGAGAGGGAUAUAACGGAGGAAAGGGAACCCCAGCUGGAGACACUGGGUGCUCCUAAACUUGAUGCUCCUCUUCCUGAGAUUCCUCCAGAGCCAGAAACUCCUGAACAAGUGUCUGCCCCUCCAUCUCCUGCUUCAUCCUCCUCUCCCUCUCACUCGCCCCUUCCUCCCCUCUCACUCCCCUCUCCUCAACCUCCUCAAGAGGAGGAGCGGGCCGAUUCCCUGCCUCCAAGCCCCGCCGCUCCCACGUCUCCUUCUCCGCCUCCACCUCCUGAACCAGCCGCUCUCCCUCAGCCGACCACACCGCCUCCAGCUUCUCCUCCUCCUCCUGCUUUGCCUCCUCCAUCCUCGGCCCAGAAGGAGUCCCCCAUGCCGUCGCCGGAGUCUCCUGCGUCCCCCGAAGAGCCUCCGGCCCCUAAGAUCACAUCUCUGCACCUCGCCCAGAAGCAGGAAGAUGCAGCCAUUGUUGGAGAAAGUGAGGAGGAUGAAAGCGAGAGCGGAGGAGAGGGAAUCUUCAGAGAAAGGGACGAGUUCGUGGUGCGGGUGGAGGACAUCCGGACUCUCAAGCUGGCUCUGCAGACGGGCCGCGAGCCGCCGCCCAUCUGGAGGGUGCAGAAAGCGCUGCUGCAGAAGUUCAGCCCAGAGAUCAAAGAUGGCCAGAGGCAGUUCUGCGCCACGAGCAACUAUCUUGGCUACUUUGGAGAUGCUAAGAGACGCUACCAGCGGAUAUAUGUGAAGUUUCUGGAGAACGUUAACAAAAAGGAUUAUGUGAGGGUUUGCUCCCGGAGACCUUGGCGGCGAUCUGCUCCCGGACUCAGGCGACAGUCCCUUCCUAGAAUGGCGUCCCCACCUGCCACCCAGGCACCACCACCACCGCCGCCGCCUCCUCCUCCACCGAGGGCAGCAGAGAAAGAUGAACGAGUGACUCCACCUGUCCAUCAAGAACAAAAAGAGAAAACAUCCAAACCCGCAACCACGACAGAACAUCAAGUGAAGAAGGAGCCUGCAGCCACUGUGCCCAAAGCCAAAGAGAAGGAGUCUGAGAAGGAAAGAGAGAGGGUGAAGCGGGUACAGAUGCAGCAGGAAAAGGCGGAGAAGCGGAUACAGAUGCAGCAGGAAAAGGCGGAGAAGCGGAUACAGAUGCAGCAGGAAAAGGCGGUGAAGAGAGCACAAAUACAGCAGGAAAAGGCAGAGAAGCGGGUGCAUCCGCAGCAAGAAAAGGCGGAGAAGCGGACGCAGCCUCAACAAGAAAAGGCGGAGAAGCGGACGCAGCCUCAACAAGAAAAGGCGGAGAAGCGGACGCAGCCUCAACAGGAAAAGGCGGAGAAGCGGACGCAGCCUCAACAGGAGAGAGCGGAGAAGCGGACGCAGCCUCAACAGGAGAGAGCGGAGAAGCGGAUACAUCCACAGCAGGAGAAAGCGGAGCGGCGAAUACAGCAGCAACAAGAGAAGGUGGAGAAACGAACCGGAGCUGUGGACCGCGGUCGGGCGAAGGAGGAUAAGAAAACCUUGGAGAAGAAGGAGAAGGCCGAGCGACCUCCCAAGUCCAAGUUGACUAAAGUGAAGGCCGAACCUCCACCCAAGAAGAGGAAGAAGUGGCUGAACGUACCCUCAUCCGUACCUUCGUCUUCUGACUCCGACUCCUCUGACGAGGCGGCGAGCGAGAAUGAAAUGCCAGUUAAGGGAGGAGUGGACAACCGGGCCAUGAGGGAGAUGUUCAGGAGCUACGUGGAGAUGCUGGUGAGCACGGCGCUGGACCCAGACAUGAUCCAAGCUCUGGAAGACACAGACGAUGAGCUGUACCUGCCCCCGAUGAGGAAGAUCGACAGCAUCCUGAGCGAACAGAAGAGGAGGUUGUUGAGGAAAGUCAGCAUGAGUUCCCAACACCAGGAUGUUCUGCAUGCUUACCCUCAAAUGAUGACGGACUCUCUGGACACCGUUGUGGUCAGGGUGCGGCUAACCGGCGACGCCUACAACCGAAAGACCCUCAACAGAGUCAAGAAAACCCUGCCUAAACCACAGGACCUUAAGCUGUCGUCUGAGACGUACCGGAUAUACAAUCUCUACCACUCCCUGCAUCACUAUAAGUACCACACCUUCCUGCAGUGCAAGAAAGAGACCAACACCAUCGAGCAGGCGGCCGAGGAUCCGGGCCAAGAGGAAGUGGUGCAGCAGUGCAUGGCCAACCAGAGCUGGCUGGACACCCUCUUCAGCUCCUUCAUCGAGCUGCUCACACUCAGCACCAAAGCCUGAGUUCGCCUCAUGAGGAGACACACAGAGAGCUAAACUUUAAAAAAAAAAGAAGAAAGAAAUAAUAAAUAAAUAAAAUGAGAAUCUGGAGGAAAAGCCCAGAUGAAUCCCGCUGUACAGUCCCCAGACCCUCUUCGAAAAUCUCUUCAGAUCCGAGCAGGAAGUUUUCCAGGCCCUCGACGAACACAAGAGGGCCUGUUGACCCGACCUCGGACGCUGGCCUGUUUUUAUUUUGUCUUGUUGUUGACCAAUCACUAAAGAAAUGUCUUACUUUGUGAGAGUGGGACCCUUCUGGAUGAAAGGAGAGGGGGAACCGGAUCGUUGUUUAAAACAAAAAAAAGAAAAAAAAGAUGGAGAGAGAAACCAGGAGGAGCCGGAAAACCAAGUCGACGGAGGAGAGUCACUGACGUCUUGUUAACUGUGUGUCAUAAAAAGACAAUAGUUCAAAGAGAAACUAUUACCGCUUAGUUUUUACAUAAAUUAUUUUUUUGAAAAGACUAACAUCAGCUGUCGGCUUUUGAGAAGAGAGGAAGGCGGCGGGAGUGCUUUGUGCUUUCUGAGCAGCGCGAUCGCGGAUAGCAACGUGAGAAGUGUUAGGGGGCGCUCUCUGGCCGUCAUGCGCUUACGUGGACGGGCAGCACCAGUCGGCCGUGUGUAAUAUAUGAACGCAUUUUUAUUAUUUAUAUGAGGAGGUUUUUAACUUAAAAACUCUCACACGCGCUGGUUUGCUGCCCCAGACGUUUUAAAUAGCUUUUUAUUUUCCACAGGAUCAGUAUACAAUCAUAACCCACAUAUACGAGUCGUCUUCCCCUCUAUACAGAAGAACAGGCGUCGAGACAGAACUAUUGUAUCAAAUACAGUGGGUGUAAAAUUGAAAAAAAAUGAGGAAAAAAAAAGAAAAAAGAAUGGUAACAUUUAUUUGAAACUUAACAUUGUUGUGCUUCAGUUCAAUCAUCAGUCAUGCAGGUGCAAAGAAAAGAACUAUCCCUUCCCCGUGUGGGAAGGAGGAGUAUAAAUAAGUAAUAUUUAAAGAGGAAAUAGUCAUUUCAUUUUUAUCAUUUUGAUGUCUGUGCAUACUAUGACUUAUUUUGAAAACAAUCUGAUUUUCCAUAAAAAAGGAAAAAAAAAGAUGUGUAAAUACUGUACAGUUCUUGAUGAAACUCUUUGUCCUUCUGUACAUUAACUCUCCUGUAUUUGAAAAACAAAUAAAAUCUACAAAGAACAAA